UUUGAUAUACGCUUGAGUGCUGAGUCCCCACCACCACCAACACAAUCACUUCAAACUAAUAAUUACUCGCAAAUCCCUCAGAUCUCGCAUCUCUAUCUCUUCUUCUUUACUUCUUCUGAUAUCAUCAUUCCAUUCCAUGGAGAACCUCCUUCAAACGCCUCUUAAAGCUCCGAUUCAAUCCAAAACCAUUGAUGAGUGCAAAUAGCAGCAGCGUUCAAUUCAGCAGAUGGAUGAGAUGGAUCAAAACCAGAACCCCACCAUUGAAGCUAUGCGUAAACCUGUUACUCCAGAUCGUCUUAGGGUCCCCAAGGCAUUCAAAUAUCCUGAAAGGUAUACAAGCCCAACCGAUAUGAUGAUCUCGCCUGUAACGAAAGGACUUCUAGCAAGAAGCCGAAAGUGUGGUGCCCUGUUGCCACCUGGGAAAAGCUUAGCCAAGAUCCCAGACUUGGUACCACAAAAAGUGGGACUUUUUGAGAACAAUGAACAAAUGUUGACUGAUGAAAAGCUGAGUUCAUCAUCAUCAUCUUGAGGAAUUGUGGGUGAAAUCAGAUGCAUUUGUUCUCACUGUAACCCCAAAUCAAACAACUGUCUGUACUAUCAUGUAAUUUUGCUUUCCAGUUUGUGAUGGCAAUCAUCAGAUGACUCUCAAACAAAGCUCGAAGUGCUUGGGGAUAAAUAUAAUAAAAGGAAGGUGUUGAGAUCCCAUUUUUAGAGGGUCCAUUUUUUCUUUUA